AUGGGUGUUGACAUCGAGACAAUUAAGGCUGGAGACGGUGCCACCUUCCCUAAAACUGGACAAACAGUCACUUGUCACUAUGUUCUUACACUCCAAAAUGGAAAGAAGGUCGACAGCUCACGGGAUCGCGGUUCGCCUUUUAAAUUCAAGAUAGGCAAGGGAGAAGUAAUCAAGGGCUGGGAUCAAGGUGUUGCACAGAUGUCGGUGGGCCAACGUGCUAAGCUAACCAUUUCUCCCGACCUUGGUUACGGUGCUGGCGGUGUCCCCGGAGCUAUUCCCCCAAACUCGACCUUGAUCUUUGAUGUCGAACUGAUUAGCACUGCGUGA